GAACAACACACCCACAGCAUACAGCCCCUGCUGGACCACACCCCAGCAGGCAGCAGAUGCCACCAGACCAGCUGCAGCGCAUCAUCUGCCUCCGCUGCAAGAAACCAGGACACUUCGCCAGAUCCUGCCCUCAGACCCAGAAGCAGAAGAAAUCCAACAAACAAAAAAACUGAAUUCACAGCGCGUGCCCGCGGUUGAUACUACAACGCGCAAAGAUAUAAAUGUAGCGGGACUCACAUUGGCAAAAGCUUCUCUCUUAAAGAAAAAGGGGGGGGAGGGCAGGUCACGGGGUGUGGGGGUGCAGAAAAAUGUAAAUGUUAAAUGCUCAACUAACAAGGUUUGGCAGCCACUUGGCCGUUUUAGACUUGUAACUACCAAAGGUUUCCAUUUCAGAUCUACUGAGUGGAUGGUUAUAACAGUUGACCUGUCUAACAUCUCACAGGACCUGACGGUUUACCACGUGGGAUUGGACAAGAAAACCUACCUCCCACUCAACCCUAUGAUGAACCCCAUCCAAGUUGUCAUCCUGCUAAUGCUGAACAGUCUGGCAGCUGCAUGGAUCAUCCCUCAGCCACGUCAGAACGUCUGGGUAACCCUGGCACAGACACUUCAGCAAGAAAACAUAUGUUUGUCCACUGCAGCAGCUAAGAAUCCUAUGUCUACCUGUCUGGUAGGAAUUCCUUUGCAGGCUGGAGAAUUUCCAGCAGGCUUGGACAAAUACAGGUCCAACGAAAUUCCAGAGGCACACACCCCACAACCACACCAAGAUCAGCAAAAGCAAGGUGUGUUCACCAUGAACCCCUUAGCGGAAUGGGUGCAGGGUUUGCCCAGGGUAGCUCAUGAACCCCAGGAGUUAGAACUAUUGGGUUCCUCCCCUGCCACAUACUGCAUCCAUUUCUCUGUCAUCCCAAAACCCUCUAGCACUGACGAGUACCACCUUAUAAAGCAGUUCCGGGGAGAAUUUACUGCAAAGAGGUGGUGUCAUAAUAUAAGCCACAUUGCAUCAGACAACCCAUCCCACUCCAAACCCAGAAGCCUCCCUAAAGGAUUGUUCUUGGUUUGUGGGGAUCGGGCAUGGGCAGGAAUUCCAUCCCGGCUUUUCGGAGGGCCAUGUACCAUAGGGCGAUUGUCCGUGUUGACACCCAACCAAACUUUAAUUCGUGAAUGGACACACAAAAACAAAUCGGCUGACAAAAUUCAAAAAAGGAGUGCUGACAAUUUGGACCCAAAUUGUAAUUCAGACAUUUUUCAUUGGGCAAAGUCAAAAAGAGUUGCUGUAUCCCUGUUUCUUCCGUGGGUAGCAGCAGCCAAAGCUCUAGGUGAAUUGGGCCAACUAGAGUGCUGGGUGGUCAAGCAGGCUAAUUUAACAUCUAUCGCCAUCAGCUCCCUCCUAGAAGACGAGGAGAUUACCAGACAGGCCACGAUCCAGAACCGUGCCGCUAUCGAUUAUCUCUUGCUAUUACAUGGACAUGAAUGCCAGGAAUUUGAAGGACUCUGUUGCAUGAAUUUGUCCUCAAAGGCUCCAAACAUCCAUGCUGCCCUCCGAAGCAUGAACAACAUGAUUGGACAAGUGAAGCAAGAAUCAGAAGAUUGGAUCAAGGAACUGUUCAAGGGCUGGGGACUCACUGGGUGGUGGACUUCUGUAGUCAAAACAAUUUUGUUACUUUUUGUUAUCCUUUUCCUUGUAACCAUAGCAUUCGGAAUCCUACGCUGUUUGAUUUUCAAGGCUAUUAAUGGCCUCAUAUCUUCUACCUCAGAAGUCAACCAUAUAGAGUUGGCAAACCUAAAGAGGACCGGUCUCCCUACCAACCAUAAGUGGUGGGAAACCCACACUCCGUGUUAAACAGAAUGUGAGAACUUCUCUCUGUAUCUUUUUAAACAAAAAAAGGAGGAGAUGUUACAUCCCCCUGGGGAAAUGGUUUCUUCUCCCUCAGGGACCCCUGGAACUCCUGUCAUGUAGUCUGACCCUUCCUUCCCCUUCUGACCCCAUUGGCUGUGUGCCAGCUAGCCCCUCCCUCAGAGACCCUAAGAUAAAGGGUCCCCUGUCCCCCGGGAGCUCUCUCUCCCCCGGGACAUCAACCUGG